AUGUGGUGGUUGGUGAAAUUAUCUAUCGUGUUGCAGUGUGUUCAUUCAGUUCGAAUCAUCAACAUGCGUGUCCCAGACGUGAUACAAUAUGGAACUAAGGAUACCAUCACACUUGACUGUGACUUCGUCACUAAUAACGUCACCGGUUUGGUGGUGAAGUGGUUUUAUAUGGACAAAACUCAGCCCGUGUAUCAGUGGAUACCACCGCAAAAACCUCAAGCUUUAGGAAUUUUAAAAGAUAAGGUAGAUCUAUCCUACAAAGUGUCCAAUAACCCCUACACCCAGCAUCGUGCGCUUCGAAUCACAUCACCCGUACCAGAAUUAACCGGCAACUACACUUGCGUUGUAUCGACUUUCUUGGCAGAAGAUGAGAAAACGAGACCUAUGACAAUAUUCGUACCUGAAACCAAGUUCGACAUGAUUCAAGAUCGCUUGGACGAAAAAUAUCUAAACAUCAUCUGUUCUGUCGAAGGCGUCUAUCCAAAACCUGACCUGGUUAUACUCGCUGGAAACAGACAAGUAAACGCAAAGUCGUCGAUCAAAGUAAUCGACGGUCGCUACACGGCCCUAACGACUUCGGUCAUGAGGAUAGACGCGCUGCCGCCCACCGUCGAAAUUUUGUGUGACAUGCAAGUCCCACUCGCCAACUACUACAGCAGAAAGAGAGAUAUAUUCUACAGAGAUCCACCAACAACUUCAACAGAUUCUUCAGUGAAGGGAGAUCCAGAUGCAGGAUACCAGACAUCGUGCAGUAUAACAGUUAUUUUGGCAUCAAUACUCAUAAGCUUGCUACGGUUACUACGAACAACGUGA